AACUUCAGUAAAUAAAGUGGGCUGGGCACCACAACGUAACCUAAACAACUUGUUUUCCUCGACUAUUUAAACUUACACAAUUGUUUUCCACCAGUGCGUUGUGCGAAAAUCGAUCAAACUAUGCUGUAACACGCUACAUACACAAACAAGCGUGAAGAAACAAAAGAAGUCAUCAUGUGGCAACGAGUCAUCCUCGCCUGGCUGAUUGCCCUCGCAUUGGGCGUGUACGCGCAAUACGAAUGGCAAGCACGAGACGCCUUCGAUGAGGUGCGCAUGAAGAUGGACAAGGUGACCAAAGACAACUGCCCCAUUCAACAUGUUGGUGAUCUGUACUUGCCUGAAGAUUCAGUCUCACAUUUGCCAGAAAUCAAAGAAAUCAACAUCAAUCCAGUGUUCCCGAAUCGCACCCAACUGUUGCAACUACACAACAUGGCUCUGAGUAGAUCCUUUUUCUGGAGUUACAUUCUGCAGAGCAGAUUUAUCCGACCAGCAAUCAACGACACAUAUGAUCCUGGCAUGAUGUACUACUUCCUUUCAACUCUUGCUGAUGUUUCAGCCAAUCCACACAUCAAUGCUUCUGCAAUUUAUUUCUCACCAAACACAUCUUAUUCACCAUCUUCUGGGCUUUUCAAUAAGACUUUUCCGCGAUUUGCACCCCGUACAUUCCGUACAGACGAUUUCAACGAUCCGAUUCAUUUAGAAAGAAUCUCAACAUUAAAUACCUUUACUUUGUUUGACUUGGGUGCUGUUACUCCCAACACAAGCAACGAUUACACCUCAGAUUACUAUCGAAUUAAUGAAUGGUACAAAUUAUGGAAUCUGCCAGACAUUGUUGGUAGACAUGACACCAAAACAACUUAUCAAGUUGAGAUUAGAUACGCGAAUAAUACGAACGAAACAUUUACAUUCCACGGACCGCCAGGGGCGGACGAAGACCAAGGACCGGUGAAAUGGACGCGACCAUAUUUUGAUUGCGGAAGGUCGAAUAGAUGGCUUGUGGCUGCUGUUGUACCCAUUGCGGAUAUUUAUCCUAGACAUACAGGUUUCAGACACGUUGAGUUUCCAAAAUACACUGCCGUCUCAGUUAUUGAAAUGGACUUUGACAGGGUGGAUAUUAAUCAGUGUCCAAUGGGGAUGGGUAAUAAUGGACCAAACAGAUAUGCAGAUACUGCAAGAUGUAAAAAGGAAACCACAGAGUGUGAACCUAUACAUGGAUGGGGUUUCCGACGAGGCGGAUAUCAAUGUCGAUGUAAACCUGGUUGGCGACUUCCAUUCUUUACACGGCGACCUUUCUUAGGUGAAUUGGUCGAGAGAGCCACAGCCGAACAAUAUUACAAUGGAUUUGACUGCUUAAAAAUUGGCUGGGUUCAAAAGAUGCCUGUGCAGUGGGAAAAAGCCGAACCUCUUGUCAGAGAACACUACCUCGACCAAUACUCAGAAUACAAAAACUAUACCAGUGGCCCAGCCUCACUUAAUCAAAAGCGACUUAAUAUUCACAAAGCACUAGAUUUCAUUCUCGGUGUCAAUAAAGAUAACUGCCGUAAAUAUAAACCAGAACAUUUGAUACUCCAAGGCGACAUUAACUUUGGUGCUAAAGAAUAUUUUGAUAACGAAGCCAAGAUGGCUGUACGUCUUGCUAACUUCAUCAGCGCUUUCUUACAAGUUUCUGAUCCGAAAGAAGUUUACUCUGGUAAGCGUGUGGCAGAUAAACCACUCACCGAAGACCAAAUGAUGGGCGAAACAUUGGCCAUUGUAUUGGGCAAUAGCCGAGUCUGGAGUGCGGGCACAUAUUGGGAGAGAAACAAGUUUACGAACAGAACACAUUUUGCGCCAUACGCGUAUAAAACUGAAUUAAAUACUAGGCGUUUUAAAUUGGAAGAUUUAGCUAGGUUAACCAAACCUGAAGAAGUUUACACCAACAAAGACUGGUUCCAGUUCUUAAAGCAACGCUGGAGUACUAAUUUUGAUAGCCUGGAGAAGUACUAUCUGAAGCUAAAGAUUAGAUUCAACGAAACAGGUGAAACGUUUAGGAAAUUCGAAAGGUACCCUACUUUCUACCGAGCAGCAAAAUUAGAUCACGGUCAUUGGACCGCACCGUACUUCGAUUGUUAUGGAAAGGUACCCAUGUGGAAGGUUAAGUAUGCAGUGCCUUUCUUUGGAUGGGAUAGUUUGAAAGCAAAAUUAGAAUUCAAGGGAGUCGUAGCUGUCACAAUGGAUCUGUUAAAACUGGACAUUAAUCAAUGUCCCGAUAAAUAUUACGUCCCUAAUGCAUUCAAGGGUACCCAUAAAUGCGAUGAAAAAACGUCCUAUUGUGUGCCUAUCCUAGGCCGUGGAUUUGAAACAGGCGGUUACAAAUGCGAAUGUAAACAAGGAUACGAAUAUCCUUUCGAAGAUUUAAUCACUUAUUAUGAUGGACAGCUAGUCGAAGCUGAAUUUAGUAAUUUGGUGGACAAUAACGUCACCAGAUUCAACAUGUUCAAAUGCCGUAUUGCCGGCGCAUCGAGUAUAGAAUUGAGUGCCUUGACGAUGAUCACGAUGUUGAUUGCCUUGUUUUUAGGAUACCGUAGAGCUAAUUAACAUAAUAUUUUAAUGCACAUACAAAUCAUUCGGCAGAGUAUUGUUCUUUUAUGCAUAUACAAAUUUCACGUAAUCCGUCCAGGAGUUUUUUUUAUGUUGUAUAAAACAGAGUGCCUGAAACGAUGUAAUGUACAUAACGAUUUUGAUGUCUUUCACCAUUUUUGGAGAAGAUAUUCUUAAUUGUACUCAAUCGAAGAUUAGCAAUAAUGAAACGCACAGCAUGUACGUUAAUAUAGCAUUAUUUUUAUAUUAUUAGCAUGUAUAAUCGAUGGAAACUCGGAGCAAAUCGUGUGCAAUUUAGAUUUUCUAUUCAUUCUAACGCAUUCGACUAGAAUCUCACAACGAUCAAGCUGUUUUUAGCGGUGAAUUGCGGUUGAAACUGUUAAAGCGACCAUGUUACAUUUAUAUAUCUCCGUCCAAGUUGUUUUUAUUUGUAAAAUUUAAGCAAUUUUAAACAUACUAUUAUGUACUUUUUGUAUUUUGACAUUAAAUCAAAUUUUACCUUA